GAUUUAACCCAGCAUGUGACUCUGAUUCAAGUGCAGUAAACAGUGUACUGUGGUAUAGAAUACCGGUAUAUGAAUUGUCGGUAUAUGAAUUGUCAACAUUAUCUAAAUAUAGUCACCAACAAGGAAUGUUUGGCUAUUGAUAAUUUGCCUUAUAAUUUUUUUAUUUUUUUUUCUGUGUUUGGCUUUUGUGUUGUGGUUUUUAUUGGGAUACAUAUAUUCAUGGAUUUUAUUUCUAGUUAUCCGACAAUCUGGUGUAGGGCAAAAAGUUGAAUAACAAUUUCAUCAUUGGUGAUAAAAGGACCAUGUGAUACGUCAGGUGAUAACAGUCUUACAUCAAUAAAGGAUGCUGUGAAAAUCAACAAUUAAAGACAGUGCCCCCCAAAAAACAACAACAUAAGUGUAACUAUCUCACUGUGGUGUUAAACCAGGUGCAAUGUUUUUUUGAAAGAAGUGACUGAACAUCUGGGAGUAAUCAGCAGUACUGAUGUAUUAUUGGUGGUAGAUAUUUGUUGGACUGUACAUUAUUUAAAACUUUUUUAAAUGUCUGACUGGAAUAUUCAGUUUGAUGAACCAUCAGUGAUGGCGUCUAACGGUGAUGUUGAGACAAGUCGCCUGGUGGAUGUAGAGAGUGCAGAGGUGUAUGGCAGCCAGGGGCGGCUGUCUGACCUCAGUGGGAGUCUCCCUGAUGUCAGUGAGAGCCAGGAGACUGGGGACAGUGUGCCCCUUAUCCACUCUCCAAUGGUGUGGAGACUGCCCCGGGGCAUGAGCUAUACCCCAAAACACACAAGCUCGGGGGACGUGAGGCGCACCCUGGGAACGUUUGCUGGGGUCUUCUGUCCGGUGGCCCUUUCCCAGUUCAGCACCAUGCUCUUCCUGCGAGCAGGGAUGCUGGUGGGUCAGUCUGGUAUCUUGCUCACCACGGUGAUGAUGGUGCUGGCUUACCUGAUCCUGCUGCUCACAGUGUUCAGUAUCUGUGCCAUCUCAACUAACGGGGCUGUUGAGGGAGGCGGAGCAUAUUAUAUGAUCAGUCGAGCCCUGGGCCCAGAGUUUGGGGGCAGCAUAGGGUUCCUGUUCUAUGUUGCCAAUGUUCUUUCCUGUGCCCUGUAUGUGACCGGCUUCACUGAGGCCAUUCUGGACAACUUCUCUACUGGAGGCUCCGUUACCACAGGGACUGGUCUGCCUGCAGAGUGCUCAGGCUGCUAUUGGAAGUACCUGUAUGCGUCUGUAGUCCUCCUCCUCUGCCUGCUAGUUUGCAUUGUUGGAGGAUCACUAUUUGGCAAAACACUUGUUGUGAUUGUCCUGAUAACAAUUGUAUGCACAUUAUCCGUGUACAUUAGUGUGUUUGCCAAGAGCAAGGUUAUUAAUAUUGGCAUUCCAAAAGACAACCAUCGGUUCCCCAAUAACACCAACUUGACGUUUCAGUAUACUGGACUGUCAGCACAUACAUUCCAUGAAAAUGCUUGGGGUAAGAAGAUUAUUCCACUAAACAAUGAGAUGACCUUUGCUGCAAUGUUUGCCAUCCUCUUCAGCAGCGUCACUGGCAUCAUGAAUGGGGCAAACAUGUCUGGGGAGCUUAAGGACCCCAGCAAGUCAAUCCCCAAAGGGACACUGGGUGCUGUCCUCUUCACCUUCAUCACAUACAUGAUCUUGUUCAUCUUGAUAGGCGGCUCCUGCUCAAGGGACCUGCUGAUCAAUGACUACCUGUUCCUUCAGGACAUCAACUUUUGGAAUGGCAUGGUGCUCAUUGGCAUAUUUGCAACCACCCUUUCUGCUGCCCUGGGCAACCUGAUUGGAGGCUCGCGCAUCUUAGAGGCACUGGCCAAUGACCAGCUCUUUGGGUGUAUCUUGAAUCCAGCUACCAAAACUACUAAGGGAGGUAACCCUUACAUGGCAGUGCUGAUCACAUGGUUUCUGGUGCAGCUGGUGAUGCUGGUUGGUUCACUGAAUCUCAUUGCCAAGCCCACCACUGUUUUCUUCCUGCUGGCAUAUGCUGCCGUGAAUCUUGCCUGUGCAGCACUGGACUUGGCGUCAGCACCAAAUUUCAGGCCCACAUUCCGGUUCUACAGCUGGCACUUGUCUCUGGUGGGCCUGGUUGGCUGCCUGAUUAUGUGCUUCUUGAUCAGCGCCGUCUACUCAUCCGUGGCAAUCAUCUUCAUGCUGAUAAUGAUCAUCGGGUUGCACUUCCGUGCCCUGCCAACCCAGUGGGGCUCCAUCAGCCAGGCCCUUAUCUUCCAUCAGGUUCGCAAGUACCUGCUGAUGUUGGAUAUUCGAAAGGCUCAUGUAAAGUACUGGCGGCCACAGAUUCUGCUCAUGGUGUCCCGCCCACGACAGUCUUCCGAACUCAUCGACUUCAUCAACGAUAUCAAGAAAGGAGGUCUGUAUGUUCUGGGCCAUGUGCGUGUUGGUCACCUAGACGACCACCCAGACAAGGACCCACUACAUGACGAGUUUCCUAAGUGGUUGAAGCUGGUUGACACCAUGCAGGUCAAGGCGUUUGUGGAGCUGUCGCUGGCAAGGACCGUCUGUGAUGGACUUCAUCACCUCAUCAGAUCCACAGGCCUCGGGGGCAUGAAGAUCAACACAGUGUGCCUGGGAUUCUAUGAUAAUACUCAAGCCGUUGAUGCCUUGAGUAAGCGCCAGGUCCCUAAAAGAAGUUUAUUUGGAAAGGGUGAAAGUAGGAAGCUUGAAAUAGGAGAGCAUUUCCGUGGUGUAAGGCUGCAAGAAGGCAUGAAGGACCUGGCAUCCAAGGAGUAUGUGAAAAUGGUUGCAGACUCUUUAAAGAUGCAUAAAAAUGUUCUUUUGUGCAGACAUUUCAAUAUGUUGGAUAAAAAUUACAUUAAGGGCAGCAAAGGAAACAUGUUCAUUGAUGUUUGGCCUGUGAAUUUCUUUCGUCCUGAGACUGCAAGCUAUUUUGACAACACGUGUCUGUUUCUGCUGCAACUAGCUUGUAUUAUCAACAUGGUGCCGGGAUGGAAGUCCAAAACCACUCUAAGGGUGUUCCUGUUUGUGAAUGCCAACACUGAUAAUGCACUGAAAAAGGAACAAAAGCUUGAAACAUAUUUACGACAGCUACGCAUUAUUGCCAAAAUCCAAACAGUACCAUGGGAAUCCAUUGAAAAGGGCAGCGACUUGAGUGAGUUUGACGUCAGCGUCAACUACCCUGACUGUCAGAUGCAGGAGUACAACCGGGUGUCAGAGGAGUUCCUCACUGCAGUGAACACCACCAUCAAGGCAGCCUCCCAGCGCACGGCCUUGACCUUCCUCUACCUGCCCCGACCCCCCAAGGACAUCAGUCAGCUGGAGCCCUACCUGGAGCAGCUGACCCGCCUCUCAGUGGACCUUCCCCCCACUGUGUUUGUACACGGGCUGCACCCAGUGACCUCCACCACCCUGUGAGAGGCUGGCCCUGGUUACUGGCAACCAGCUGUACUGGCAUAGCUCUAUAGAAAAUACUAGGCUUGAGGCUUUUUCUACUAAUAAUUUAUAACGUCUUGCUGCAAAUACUUGUUAUAGCCUAUUUACAAAAAUUAUGUAUGCAGUAGUUACAAGGCUACAUAGUCAUAACACUGGUAAUAUUCACCAAGAUUCAGGCUUCGUACAUUCAUAAGAUGAAAAUAGUAUUUAAAACAAGAGAUUAUUUUCUUAGCAUCUUUUAAAAACAAUGAUGCUGUUUCUGAUAUGCAUUGACUUUACUUUUUAAUAAUUGCUUUUUUGUUUCCAUUAAAAAAAAUGGCUGUCCAUCAAUCUUCAUCCUUGGACUGUGUCUCAAUAUUCUUAUGUAAAUCAUCACAUGUAUAUAUAUAUUGAAUAUGUGAGCAAAAGGUUUCUUGCAUCCAUGACUUGGGUGUGUUUGUGUUGCCUCCCAGCAGAGUGAUUGGACCAAUAUUGGUCUUUCAUGUGGUAAGACUAUUUUUUGCUUUUUCUGUAUGAUCAAAAUUUAGUUCACAAGUAACAGAAAAUGAGUUCCUGAGUGAAAUUAUACGUGUGUAUGUGAAAUAAAUAUUUGGUUAUUUUAUGCUGUAGUGCAAUAUAUGAAUACAAUUAGGUAUGAGAUUUUUAUGCUUUAUUGUUGAUAAAUGUAUGAUAGUUAUAUUUUUAUUUUGUUCGUGGAUUUUUGGUUAACUUUUGUGUGUGAUUAUUUUCUAGCAACUUACUGAGUACAUGUCAAGAGAAGUAAAUGACAGUGGUAGACAAUAUUGUUGAUGGAAAAAUAUCACGAUUUUUCAUUUUUAUUUACUACAGUGAAAGAAUAUCAAUUAUGUUGUUUUUACUGAUACCAUAUUUUCAUUCACCUAUAAAUAUUUUUUUUAUCCUCUGCCAAAGGUGGAGGGAUAUAGAAUUGGGCCUGUCCCUAAGUCUGUCUGUCACAAAACUUUUUAGGGCUAUAUCUCAGAAACUUUAUAGAUAUCAACAUGAAACUUCAUAGGUGUAUAGAUAUCAAUGAGGAGAAGUGCCAUGCACCAUAACCCUUCACUUUCUUAAAUAAGAGUUAUUGCCCUUUGUUGUUUGUAUGAUGGAGUUUUUCAGGGCUAUAUCUCACAUAUGAUGCAAUAUUUCAACAUUAAACUUAAUGGGUGUGUAGAAAUCAAUGGGAAGAAGUACCAUGCAUAAGAACCAUAACCCUGCAAUUUCUUAAAUUAGAGUUAUUGACUUUCCUUGUUUUUGUAUGAUGUAUUUUUAAGGCUAUAUCUCAGAUACACUACAAAAUUUUAACAUGAAACUUCUUGGGUGUGUCAAUAUCAAUGAGGAGAAUUGCAAUUCAUAAAAACAAGUACCCUACACUUAAUUAUUACAUAUUAAUUAUUACCCUACACUUAAUGAUUCUACUGUAUAUCAUGGGAUUUGCACCAUUCCAUUAACAUAGUUUAUUUGGCAGGUGAUAUCAAUUCAACAAGUUUGCUUGUUUACUUAUAAAGAUAAAAUAUUUGCCUAAUAAGAUAUUGUUUUUGUGUUUAAUUUUUCAGAAGGUUGAUGCACACAAUUACAUGCCAAGGCUUUUAAACAUUAAACGCAUUCUGCAUAGUAUUGUUGGGUCUAACAAUUCAAGUUUAGGGGCCAAAGGUGAAGUACAAGUUUUUCUUUUUAUAUACAAGUUAUGGGGCAUGUGAUAAGUGUAAAUGAGAGCUUUUAUGUGUCAUUAACUUAUUCGUCUUUGUGUGCCUUAUAAAAUGAAAUGUGUGAAAGCUUAUGCCUAUACCAUUCAACUAAAUAUUUCUCUUAUUUUGA